AUGUCAACUACCCUAUUCCUCGUGUUAUCACGCGCUGGGACGCGUCGAGAACUUGAGCGCUGCCAGAAGCGAGCCGAUCAUCGACAGUUCCGGCCGCGUGGCCUAAUGGCUAAGGCGCUAGAUUUCGGUUUCCAGUUCCCGAACUCUCUAGAGAUUCCAGUAAGGCCAACAGACGGUGACCUAGCGACGAUCGUUCAAGCGACUGGGUACCGAGCACCGCCAAGUACUGAAAUUGAUUGGUCAAGCCAUGAGAACAGCGCUCUGCCAGAUCUAGCAUCCAGGUUCAGAUUCACGACGCACUACGCCCUGUGUGUCAUGGACCGUGAGCUUUGGGAGAGUACAUCCGUGAGCUUGCUCCAGAAGUUCAGAGGGGCAAGGUUCUGGGAUCACCCUGGCGAUUUCACUAUGAUGUCGCCGUCCAGGAGUAGCCGAAGCAACAGUAGUAUGAGACCAGCAAUCUUCAAUGCGUGCAUCCCCUGGUCCGACGGGGACAUUGAAAACAUAGACAGUGGAGAGGUCAUUGGGCAGACGGAUAUGUCCAAUAAGGAGAUAACUCGAGACUAUACAGCGCUUCGAGAAGAUUGGACGUACAUGCCGAUCUUUUGGAACUGCCAUGACCUUGCGAUCCGACUCGCUUACAUCAUUGUCCGGCCAUCGCGGCAUGUCAUCCGGGUCCUCAAGCGACUGAUGAUAUUACUCCGCCAAGCCUGCCAUAAGGAGAUCAAGUGGGACCAUACGGCCGGCAACGUUUGCGUCGGCGGAUGGGGAGUAGCCGCUCUGGGUGGUAUGGCUAGUGUGCCGCCCUUAGCUAUGGUUGGCUUCGGUGUGUUCAUGGUUGGAUGGUCUGUAGGUUUCUUUGGAGGGAUUGCAGUGCAUGUAAAGGAAAAGGCAAGAUAUGAGUUCAUGAACAAGUUGGAGGAGAAGUUCCCCCAGCUCAAGUUUCUUCAUAGCUGA